UUUACACUAAUCGAAAAUUACCACAGAGACUCACAGCUUUUCCUUAUCAUUGUUUUGAAAUAUGCAUGUUCUGUUCGAAAGCAUUUAUUUGUGAUGGAACUAAUCUUCUCAGAUUUGCUAAGACUGAUGAUAGCUAACGUUAACAUUAUGAUUGAAACAGCUUCAAGAGAAGUUUCCUUUUACACCUUCUAUCCAUAUCAGGAGUUUGCAUGCCGAUCGGCAAAACCUUUCAAAAUCUACAAGUUUCAUCGAAAUAGGUUAAGGAAUAGCAAUAUAUCACUAUUUCCAGCCAAAGCCAAUAAUUUGCAUAAAUGUUCCCUUCGAUUGAAAACCAGAAACCGUGUUAUCCUCAACUUGGAAAAGUUUGAGGUCUUUGGCUUAGAAGCUUUAAUUGCAACUGAGUUGGCUUCUAGAAUGAAUUUUACAUAUGACUUAUUCAGAGCUUAUGAUAAGGAACGUGUUUUACCUGAAGCAAAUUCUAGUAAACCUCAUCAGACGCUGAAAAACGGUGAAAUUGAUUUUAUUGUUGGACUGUAUUCCAAUAACGUUAAUAUUAACCAUUUUCUUUCAAAAAGCGUCACGUACUUAAUGUCUCACACAAUCAUUGCUUUUCGAUAUCAACCUGAUGCUCUUCACAACUAUGAUUGGCUUCUAUUUCCAUUUGAUUUUGGGACUUGGAUUUACACAUUAUUGUUAAUUCUUGUUAUCAGUGGAGGCGUAUUCUAUGUUAAGAAAAACAAACUUCUCCUGAAAGUGGUACAUCUUGAGUAUGUGGGACUUCUUGAAAUAUUGGCUGUUUCUAUUGGAUCAUCUGUUCGAUACGUGCCAAAGAAAAACAGUCUAAGGUUUAUUUUCUUUGUAUUUAGCUUUGGAACUUUGGUUUUACGGACGGCUUAUUUGGGUAAACUUUUUGACGCAUAUCGAGGAAUGAGAAUAUCAAAACACCAUCUUGAUUUCGAACAGUUGUUAGCUGAAAACUACACAAUCUAUUCGCAUCCCUACUAUGCAGUAUUUAUAAAUGAGCUUAAAACGAAAGGAGGAAACAGUCGUUACGUAACUCUAGGUGAAUUUGAGAACUUAAGAACACAUAGCAAAACUGUUAGGAAAUAUGCAAUUUUCACCACGUUCCUAGAAUUUUAUAGUGCAUUUUCUUCUGAGAAUCGUAAUGAUUGGAUUUUUGAGAACAAAUAUGCAUACAUUCAACGACAUUCUACCAUUCAUUCAUCAGUAUCCAAAACAACAAUUACUCUGAAGUUUUUAGUUUCUUUAGUUAAUUUCGAAGCAGUUAAAUAUGCUAUUGAUAGUUCAUUUAAUUAUGUUGCUAAUCAAUUAAAUGUUGUAAUUGAAACUGAUUUGGAUGAGAGCAAGGAAAUCUUUCUCGAUGUAAUUGAUGAUAUCAUGAAGAAAAACUGGACAUUCAGCCUUCAAAUAGACGUUAAUAAUAAGAUUGUGCAAUCAACAGGUGACCAUAAUUUGUGGUUUAUUGACUCUUAUGAGGCAUUUCGACGUCUUCUUCCAUGGAUUCCCGCCUAUCACACGGACUCACAGCUUUAUUAUUUUUUGGUCCUGAGGAAUAAAGUGUUUGAAAAGAGUCAUGUCCAUGAUGAGAUACAAUCAAUAUUUUAUGACUUUCUUCAAUUUAUGAUCGCCAAUGUCAAUGUUAUCACAGAAACCGCUUCGGGAGAAGUUUUGUUUUACACCUUUUACCCCUAUCAGGAAUCCGAUUGUCGAUCAUCAAAGCCUGUUAUCACAGAAACGUUUAGGGAUAAUAGUAGCAUAAAAUCAAUUACACCAUUUUUUCCCCCAAAAACAGACAACUUUCAUCGAUGUCCUCUACGAAUUAGAACCGGUAACGAUGUCGUUCUAAACAUGGGGAACUUCAGUAUAAACAACCAACUAGUAAACUACGAGAUGUCGUUUCUAGAAGCUUACCUGUUCACUGAGAUUAGUGAAAGAAUGAAUUUAACUUUGGAAAUAUAUACCACCGAUCAUUCAAAGCCGUUCAAACUUAGCAACAAUGGAACUAUUCUUCGAGAUGUACCCCAUCAACCGCUGGUUUAUGGGGAACUGGAUGUUAUGUUUGGAUUUAACGCCAAUAAUGCUAGAUUGAUCCGUUUUAUAUCGAACAGCGUUCCGUACUAUUUCACAAAUGUGGUAAUAACGCUCUAUCCACACACUGAUACCUUGCUUUCGAAUGCUUGGGUUUUGGUUCCCUUUACCUCGGUCACAUGGAUUUGUAUCUUUGCUUCUUUUGCACUGAUAAGUGGAUGUGCUAUUCUGACAAAAAGAAAUACAAAAUUUUGCAGAAUUUUCAACCUCGAAAAUGAUCAUCCAGCCAAUCUUGAAAUAUUAUCGAUCGCUAUUGGAGUACCAGUUGGACAAUUGCCAAGAAAAACUAAUCUUCGAUUUUGCUUUGUAGUCCUGAGUUUAAGCACUUUGGUUCUGAGAUCAGCUUAUCAGGGCAAACUUUUUGACGCUUAUCGACGACGCGCGAAAGUGGAUAUACCACAUACCAUUCAAGAGCUUUUUGCUGAAAACUACACAAUUUACGCCCACAGUCACUAUCACCCAAUUAUAAAUUAUGUAAAUGAAAUUGAAUAUCUUAAUUUACAAAAUUUAGGACAUCGUUCCAGAGCUUUUAGUUUUCUAGAACUGGAAGAGAGGAUUGCCCUGGUAACGUCAUUUGUCUAUAUUUAUACAUUUUACACACUUGAAGAACGCCAGAAAUUAGUUUCGGCUGCUAUUUUACAAGAACAGAUUUGUUUAUAUUUUCAACAACACUCAGUUAUUCGACCAAAUAUCAAUGACAUUUUAAUGAAAUUGGAAGAAUCUGGUAUAUUGCAUAAUUGGAGAAAGAAUUUUGAAAGUAUAAACGCUUACAGGCUUCGAUCAGGAGAUUCUAGGACGGCAGAACCUUUAGUAUUAAAACGAUUUGCAUUUACGUUUUAUUUAGCUGGCGUACUUAUUGCAAUUUCUUGCUUAGUUUUUCUUUUCGAAUUAAUGUUUGAAUGAGAAAAAAAAUUGUAAUAGUCAACUGCUCUAAUGAUUUUUAAAUU